AUGAUUCCCACGAAAGGUCCCAGCGCCGUGGCUAUCUUUCUCACCGCUCCAUCCGCUCUGCGCUCGACUGCCCUCCCAACUACACCCGCAACUGCCUCACCAACAUACUUCUCCCGCGAAUUGUCUGCCUCAAAGGAGUCAUCAGUAGACCUGGAAGUUCAGAUUAUGGAACAUGGAAGAGAUGGUGGCUACCGACGCAUUGGCGGAUUGGGAGGCGACGAAGUGAAGUUAUGUUCUGCGGGCAAGACGAGUGCUGGAGGACGUAGAGCAUCGCCAUCGAGCUGUGGAUGA